UCUGUUGGUAGAAGGUCAAAUGACUCCGCAUGUCUGACAGCGUGCGCUCCUGUGUACAUUCCUGACAUGCUCCGCGAAUGACGACGACAACGUUUUGAACGCCGAUGAUGUUUGGUCCACGGUCAUUUCACGUCGCUCCGAAAGUUUGAAAAGACAACAUAAAGUGUAGACCACCUUGAAAGCUCUGGUACAGAGAAAGAAGACACUGGCAGAACCAUGUUCAACACCAAAAGAUUGAAAAAGAAGUCUCAAUCUGUGGACAUUGCCAGCCAAGGAUUCUCCCCGACUCUGGUGCCAGCCUCGCCCCUCAAUAAAGCUGCAUCACCUGUUGCCAAGACAACCACCGUCCUCGCGGUACAAGAAAAUAACACCACUAACUCCCAGCGCCGCAGCCCACGAUGUGGCGAACUGAAGAGAGGCUACACCAUUGAUACCGGCCAGAAGAAGACCCCAGAGAAGAAGGAUGGGAGGCGCAUGUCGUUCCAGAGACCCAAAGGGACCAUUGAAUAUUCUGUGGAAUCACGGGACACAUUGAACAGCAUUGCACUCAAGUUUGACACCACACCCAACGAGCUGGUUCAGCUCAACAAGCUGUUCUCCAGGGCAGUUGUGCCUGGUCAGGUUUUGUAUGUUCCUGAUCCUGAGUACGUCUCCAGUGUUGGAAGCUCCCCUUCCCUCAGUCCCAUCAGCCCUCUGUCCCCCACCUCCUCAGAAGCUGAUUUAGAGAAGGUGACGGAUUCAGAUGGAACCUCCAGACCAGAGGCUGUUCUUCCCCCAGUGUUUUCUGCCCUACGUCAAUCGAGAGUGGUGUCCUCCACCUCCGAAGAGGAAGAGGCCCUUACAGAGAAGUUCCUUAAGAUUAACUGCAAGUACAUAACUGAUGGAAAGGGUUCAGUAAGUGGGGUGUUGCUGGUGACACCCAACAACAUCAUGUUUGAUCCUCACCGGAUGGACCCUCUGGUUCAAACCCAUGGGUGCGAGGAGUAUGGUAUCAUGUGUCCUCUGGAAGAGGUCCAAUCUGCCGCCAUCUUUAAAGAGGUCACUGACCCCAAGAUCAGAGAGACUGUGCCUGAUGACCUGGAACCUCUGCCAUCAGAGAGACAUCCUUCCCAUCAGAAGGACCCAGAGCAGCUCCUGCGGGAACCAGGGGCCAAUGAUAGUGGCAGCACUGCCCCACGCAGCACAGAGGGCUCAAUUUCAGAAGAUGUAUUCACAGAGUCUGAGCUGUCCCCCAUAAGGGAGGAAGAACAAGCAUCCAGUGGGGAUGUCUGUCUGGAUAAGUCCUCUGGCGCCUCUACAGAGUCUGUGCAAACCGUGACACCGGAGGAGCCUACUGGCUUGCAGGUCCCAGGCAGUGCCCGCAGCUCAGUCAGCUGUCCUGAGGAGCUUCCAGUGGCGAAAGCCUCCGCCACAGCAGUGGACAAUCCUCCAGACUCUGCCGCGGAAAAUAAUAUUCAGUCGCUUUUGGGAUCCAAGCAGCACAGUGAAGAGAAGCCACCAAGCACACUCACUACCAGCACCACCACUAGCCAGGCCCAGCACCCCAGCAGCAGCAGCACCUCUCGUCCAGGGUCUGAAAGCGCACCUACCCCACUUGCCACAGACACCCUUUCUGUCACAGCCAGUCCACUGGGAGAUGCCAACAAGGGGACUGAAGUCUCCAAAACAGACUCUAUGCAACAGGGGACAGAGGAGAAAUAUAAUGUAGAACAGGGGCAAAAGGGCAACACACAGAAUGCACAGGGCUCUGCAGAGAGGAGGAAGAGCCCCUCACACAAGUUCCUUUGUCUGCGGGUGAGGAAGCCGAUGAAGAAGACGUUUGUUUCCAAUGCCAGCGCAUCCAUGCAGCAGUAUGCCCAACAGGGCAAGAAGCACGAGUACUGGUUUGCUGUGCCACAGGAGAGGUCAGACCACCUUUAUGUGUUCUUCAUGCAGUGGAGCCCAGAUAUGUAUGGUGAGGGUGUCAGAGGGAUGGGACAAGAACCUGGAUUUAUGGUUGUCAAGACGUUAGAGGUGUCAGAAAGUGCUGUGGACGAGCCCAUCACUGGCCUCAAUGUCAAAGAAUGGGAGGUAGUGUCUAUGACGGAGUACCACCGUCGGAUCGAUGCUCUAAACAGCGAAGAUCUGCGCUCACUCUGCAAAAGACUUCAGAUCACAACCAAAGAGGAGGUUCACUCCAAGCAUGACACUUCCAUCAAAACUGAACUGGAGCCCGAAACAUUCAAACCAAACCUGAAAGAGCCAAGUGAUCUCCUGGAGGCCGAUCAGAUUGAGAAGCUUGCAAGGAAUCUUCCACCACGGACCAUCGGUUACCCCUGGACGUUAGCCUUUGGCACAUCGAAACAUGGCAUGAGCAUCAAGACUCUGUACAGAGCCAUGCAAGGACAAGACACCCCAGUGCUCAUGGUCAUUAAGGACAGUGACGGACAGGUUUUUGGUGCCCUAGCAUCAGAGCCCUUUAAAGUCAGCGAUGGCUUUUAUGGCACAGGAGAGACCUUCCUCUUCACCUUCAAUCCAGAGUUUGAGGUGUACAAAUGGACAGGCGACAACAUGUUCUUCAUCAAGGGAGAUAUGGACUCCUUAGCUUUCGGUGGCGGAAGCGGUGAGUUCGGUCUAUGGCUGGAUGGAGACCUUUACCAUGGCAGGAGUCACUCGUGCAAAACAUUCGGGAACCCUAUGCUGUCUAAAAAGGAGGAUUUCUAUGUGCAGGACAUAGAGAUCUGGGCUUUCGAGUAACUGCGCACGUACACCACAGGGGAAACAGACAAGUCCUGCAUUAAGGCAGAGAGAGGAGUGGUCCUCCUUAGAACAAAGGCAAUGUCCCAACCCCCGAACGGCACAUCACCGGGGCUCCCCAGGCCGGAAGCCAGCUAUCGGGUGCUUGUUGUGCGUUACUACCGAAGUUACUCUGGAGCUUUUUUUUUUUUUGUGAAAAACUACCUUCGUGUGUAUCUUGUUACGGCCUCGUGCAAGCGUAGGGGGGAGAGUCGAGCGGCGGGAUCUCAGUUUCGAGUCAGUGUAAAAGGGAUCACGAGGGGGACUGUGCUGCCCUAUUUGGUCCAGACAGGUCUCCCCAACACCCACUCACCUUUGUCCAUUCAGUAGGACGUUACUCACUGUGCAUCGGGGAGGAAGAAAGAAGAGAAACACAUUCCUAACCAUGAUGGCAUCGUGUCCAAAGUGAGACUAGUGGUAAAACAGGAAGUGGUACAGUCAUACUGAGGGGAGAGAUUUGGCUUGUUGAUUUUGUUCCAUUUUGUUUUCCUCCCACAGUCCAAUUCCCGGUCCUCCUCUCGAGACUAAACUAAUAGAGUAUAUUGCGUGUGGUCGUCCUCCUGCCGUUCACUGUCCUAGCACAUCAUCUGAAAGCACAUAGCUAUAACCAGAUCAGCCAUCGUCGUAAUAUUCUGUUCAGUGGGUGUACGUGUGAGUCCAGCUAACACCGGCUGUACUGUUAGUAGACAGUAACGUGUUGCAAUAGAUUUUGUGGAAUAUGCAAAUAACUGUCCUGUGACCUCAAAUAGCCCCGCCAGGGCCCGCGGCACUUUGGCCGCCACCUAGCGGCGCUUUCAAGAGAGGAACGUUGUAAAGCUUUUACGUCUUCUUGAUAAACUAUUGCUUUUCUGGGUAUCAGUUGAAAAGCCCGAGACAUGGUAAACCGUUUUACAUGCAUAUAUGACAAUUAUAUAUCAGUAUGUAUGAUUAUAUGGAGGUGUAUAUAAUCAUAUAUAUUUUGCUGUUAAGUGUGACAGUGAUCUAUUUGUGCUGACAUUUCAGCUGUUACAAUAUAAUGUAUAUUACCCUGUAAAUGAUGCUCUAUAAAUAUAUAUGACGAAGUGUGGAUUGGUGGGUUUGCUUCUAGCACUUUAAUCUGGUGUAAAAGCAUCAAGGCCAGGUUCUUAGAUUCUAUUAGCUGUAGCUGUACAGUACUUUUUUGUUUAGAUCCAUAAGAUGGUAACUGUUAGCAGAAAGCUUGCGGCUAGCGAUAUCAACAAGGUUAUGCUGCCCUAACACUCCGUGUCUAAAACGAGGCUCACACUGAGAUCGGAAGCGGGGUGGAGUGUGGUUCAGUGCAGUGGCGAGGGAACAAUUUCUCUGCUCGUGGCCUGCCAGGUGAGUCUCAGACAGGUAGGUAUGCUGGCAAACGGACCUGGGGCGCUACCCAAACCUCACCCAACACCACCCCUUUCUGGUCUUCCACACCAGUAUUUGUGUCCUUGUGGACAGUCACAAAGAAUAAUAUGAAUAAUUCUUCCAAUUAUUCCACCAGAAUACCAUGUAUCAGUGAUGUAUAAAUUAAUAAAGAUAAUUUAAUGGUUAUAACCAGG